AUGAGCGAGUUCCCAAUUUCGUGUGUGCUGUGUAGGCGGAAGAAGAUUAAGUGCAACAAGCGCAAGCCUUGCAACCAGUGUUCCAAGAAGGGAACUUAUUGCGAAUUCCCUGAGAAGUUCCGGAACAUAUCGAUUAAAGAGGAGGAUGAUACCCCAAAAAACAAUAGUGAGAAUAGCUCCAGCUCCACGUUUCCAUCAGGAGGCAGUCGGUCACCUCUAGAGUUGAACAAACUUAAUGACGAAAUUGAGUUGCUCCGCAAAGAGAAGCUUGCGGUGUUACAUGAGAACUUCAAACUUUCUCAGAGAAACCAUGAGCUUAAGGGUAAGCUUCAAGCUGCUAGUCGGACUUCGAACUCUGCGUCGCUGGACCAUGGAUUCGAGAUCUCAGGUGAGACAACUGAGCUCGGCCGCAAGUACUACGGUCCACAGCUGUCCAACUACAUGAUCGAGGCCCUUCGUCUGAAGGAUGACGAUAACAAUGGCGAAGACGCAACUGAGAAGAAGGAGAACCCACAUCCGCUAUCUGUGAAACUGAACCAGCGUAUCAAUAGUGAUGAUACCGAUAUUGAUAACGACGAAGUGGCCGUCUCGAAGAAACCAUUACCAUGGGUGGUGGAAUCAAACGAGUCGCCCCGAACAAACGUCAAGGCUCUCAUCAACUUGGUUGAACUCUUUUUUUCCAUCCCUUCUUAUCAGUGUUUUAUUUCGAAAGUCCAAAUGAUAGAUUUCAUCAAUUUGCACCAUGCAAUCAAGGACGCUGAAUGGGAAAACGACGACGAUUUGAUUCUAUUGCACAUGAUUUUGAUUCUCGCUGUUCAACGAAUCACUCCACUAGAAUACAACCAGAUCGGCCUCUCACUGAACCCUGUCCCUCUGGCUCAAGAGCUCUACAAGCGUACGAACAAGCUUAUAAAGAAGUCGCUCUACCGAGGAUUCACCGCAUUGAGACAUAAUCUCCUCAAUGAGUCUAUUGUCACUGUCCAGGCAUACAUUCUUUGCACGGAAUGGUAUUUUAUUGACCAGAAAUACGAGGAGUCCUGGUCGAUGAUGUUCCACUGUUGCGCAGUGGCGUACUCUAUCGGUCUUCAUGUCAUGGUCACCAUGAGAACUACAAAUUCUUAUCCUGAUGGCGCCCCAUUGAAGAUUGCAGAGAUUUCUAAAGACGAAGAUGGAAAAUCAAACGAGAAGAAUGUCAAUACAGAGGCUAAUGGAUCUGACGAAGAUGACGACGAAGAUUAUGAUGUUCCUAGAAUAAAGGUGUGGUUUGCAUUAAAGAAUAUUAGCGGAGAGUUGUGCUCUGUGUUGGGACGGCCCAAUCCCAUCCUGAUCCAGGUCAAUCUGGUAGUUCUUAUGACUUCAACAUCAUCCAGUGUGGCCAAAAUGGAUCUUGAAAAGAACUCCACCCAAGUUCAAUUGAAAAUUGGCCUUAGCGAGUGUUUACGACUUUCCAACAUGAUGCUUAUUGAAAGUUUCAUGAUGAAUUUUACCAUGGACGAUGUUGUGAGGCUUGACAAUCGUUUUAAGAAGGAGGCGGAAAUUUUAAGUUGGUUUGUAUCCGAUCAGUACCAGCAAGAGGCAUCUGGCCGUCUUGGCGAGCUCAAUGAAUGGUCGCACGUUCCAGUGUACGUGGAUAGGACAAAUGCUGUGGGUGAUUUGAUUGCACUCUACAUUAACCGAGCCAAACUGUUGGAGCCUUUCCUCAAUCAAUUUGACGACGAUAAUCAAAGCAAAUAUCUUUUUGACUCCAUCUGUGAAUCUGUCGUCUCCUUCCUCGAUUAUGUCUGUGACUUUGUUCUGCAUUUCUUGACAGAAGAAACACAGAAAUAUCUCAACGACGACGGAAGCGUGGGGUCUCGCCUAAGACUAGGCAAGGCCUUUAGAACGAAAUAUCCAUUCAUUAAUUCAUUCAUAUACCAAGGUGUGAUAGUGGUGUUCACGUUGUUGAAUUAUCGUGCUAAGGAGUUCAUAGUCGGCGAGCAUAACGAGUUUUUGCAACAGGUCGGCACGAAAUUGAACACUUUAAUGCAAUUUGACUCCAAGGUAUCUUCUAUCAUUCAACAGGGCGUUCACUUAUGGUCCACAAACAUCGUGUACUUGAUCAACAAGGAUAUUCAGCAUGUGAACAUGCUAUUGAGCAAAGCCGAGCAGUACCGAAAUGAAGCAAUCGAGAAGAAAGCCAUCAUGAACGAGGAGUUUGACCGAAUUCUAGCGGACACUUUUGACAUCAACAUGAAAGACCCCUUCUGGUUUACUAAUCCAGAUAGCAUUCCUCAUUAUUUGAGCAGCCCCUCAGACGAUGGCUCUGGAUUGGUAUAUGACCAAGGUCCGGAGAAGUCUACCACCAUGCAUCUGCAAUCUUCAAGUCAUCAAACCAACGAUUCACAGACAUUGAAUCAAGGUCCAUACCAGCCACAACCACACUCUGUUAACAUGUUUGCAAGGGAUCAAGUUAAUAACUUCGACCAGUACAACCAAUGGGAUCCAAGACCAGAUUCAUUUGAACCAUUCCAGAAUAAUCACAUGAAUAUGAACAAUCAGCAAUUGCAAAAUCAAGCCAUCAAUAGUCAGCCUUUGGAUGGUCCAGCUAUGAAUAAUCUGGCUUUGAGGAAUCAGACAAUCAACAGCCGAGGCAUAAACAGCCAAGUAAUAAACAACCAAGGCAUGAAUGGUCAAGGCAUGAACGGUCAAGGCAUGAACGGUCAAGGCAUGAACAACCAAGGUAUGAACAACCAAGGUAUGAACAACCAAGGUAUGAAUAACCAAAGCAUCAGCAAUCAGAACUUGGAUCGCCAAAGAAUUAACAGUCAAACAAUUAAUAACCCUGGAAUCAACAACGCUGGUCAACCAGGUUUAGUAAGAGUGGACAACGUCGACGUGGAAAUGCCACAACAGAUGCAGCCACCUAUGCAGAAUCAACCAAAUGUUUAUGGGGACAAUUACGUCAAAAUGACCUUCCAGAUGGACGAUGCAAUGGACACAGAUCCGGUCAAGAUUGAAGCUGCUAGCGAACUUGAUUAUGCAAACAGUAAGGCCUUGGAUAAAGAGGCAUUCAUGCAACCAAACUUCCCAAGACCGAAGAAAUAG